AUGGAGCUGCGCUCUGAGAUGUCCAACGUGCCGUCGGCGCCCCCUGCGGUGCCCCCCAGUUCAGUGGCGGCGGCGGCGGCGGCGGCGGCCGCCAGCCUGCCGGUGAGCGUGGCCGGGAGCCUCCUGCGAGCGCCGCCUUUGCUCCUGCGGGCGGCCGAGAAGUACCCGCGCACGCCCAAGUGCGCCCGCUGCCGCAACCACGGCGUGGUGUCGGCGCUGAAGGGCCACAAGCGCUACUGCCGCUGGAAGGACUGCCUGUGCGCCAAGUGCACGCUGAUCGCCGAGCGCCAGCGCGUCAUGGCGGCCCAGGUGGCGCUGCGCCGGCAGCAGGCGCAGGAGGAGAACGAGGCCCGCGAGCUGCAGCUGCUCUAUGGCACCGCCGAGGGGCUGGCCCUGGCCGCGGCCAACGGCAUCAUCCCGCCGCGGCCCGCCUACGAAGUCUUCGGCUCGGUGUGCAGCGCGGACGGAGGCGCGGGGGGCUCAGGUGAGGCAGCAGCGCAGCCCCAUCCUAAGCGCGGGGCAGCGCGCGCGCAGGUCAAGCUGCAGAAAUUCGAGCUGUUCCCCAAGACCCUCCUGACCAACCGGGCCGUGACCCCUCAGCAAGCCAAGCCCUUGUCUCCGGACGGCGCGGACGGCGCACCAGGCAUCUCCUCCCCGGAGCCCUCUCGCCACGGCGGCGGCUCAGGCUCGGAGAACGGCGACGGCGAGUCCUCCGUCAGUUCCCCCGUUUCCAAGGGUGCCAAGGACGGCGGUGGCGCAGCCGAGGAAGAGAGCCCCGGCUCCAUCAGCCCACUGGGCUCCGACUCCGGGUGCUCCGAGGCGGAGCGGGAAGAGGCGGGGGCCCCUUCGCCCGGCCUGGCCGCGGCGGCGGCGGCCGCGGCGGCGGGCGCAGGCCGGCAGCAGCGGACGCCGCUGGACAUCCUGACGCGCGUGUUCCCCGCGCACAAGCGCAGCGUGCUGGAGCUGGUGCUGGCCGGCUGCGGCGGGGACGUGGUGCAGGCCAUCGAGCAGAUCCUCAACAACCACCACCACCACCACCACCGAGGGGCGGGCAGCCCGGGCCAGGGGCUGGCCGCCGCCGCCGCGGGGCUGAGCGCGGCCGGGCCCGAGAAGGCGGGCGACGAGAGCUGGCCGCGGGCAGCCGGGGACUCGUCGGGGGCGCUGGGCGCCCUGCAGCCCUCGCCGGCCGGCGCCGCCGCCGCCGCGCACCACCGCCCCCUGCUGGCCGGCGCGAUGACUCCCGCCAUCGGCGCGCUGGGCAGCCGCUCGGCCUUCUCGCCGCUGCAGCCCAACGCCACCCACUUCGGCGCGGCGGCGGCGGCGGCGGCGGCCGAGGCCAGCGCCUACCCGCUGGGCACGCCGCUGGGCCUGAGCCCGCUGCGGCUGGCGUACUCGGCGGCGGCGGCGCACAGCCGCGGGCUGGCCUUCAUGACGCCCUACUCCACGGCCGGCCUCAUGCCCACGCUGGGCUUCCGCCCGCCCGUGGAGUACGCGUUCAGCGACCUCAUGCGCGACCGCUCCGCCGCCGCGGCCGCCGCCGCCGCCGCCGCCGCCGCCAGCGCGCACAAGGAGCAGAGCUACCCGAACGGGCUGUACGGGCCGCUGGUCAACAACGCGCCGGAGAAGCAGUAG